AUGUCCUGGGAUAACUACAAAGGCGGCAGACAGGACGACCGUUGGGGCCAAGAGUCCUGGCAGGAUUCUGGAACUGGCUGGGGCCAAGACUCUUGGCAGGAGGAUUCUCGAGGGUCCGGGUGGCAAGCCAGCCGCCACGAGGAACCUCUUGACCCGUGGGCCAGCUACCUGGCCAACAAGAACAAGGUAGAAGAGGCAGACCCAUGGAGCUCGCAGGGCAACCACAGAGGUGGCCACAGACAGGAGGAUCGCCAUGGCAGCAACGACCGCGGUGGUAGACAGGACAGCUGGGGAGGUUCUCGCGGACGACGGUCACAAAACGAGGACGACUCGUGGAACCAUCGCCAGCAGGACAAAGACCAGGAGUCGUUCAGCUGCUUGAUCAGUGGUUCUUCAGCAAUGCAGGACGACUCGUGGAACCAUCGCCAGCAGGACAACUCGUGGAACAACCAGAGGCAGCGCCAGGACGACCACUCGCGACAGAGUUGGGGCCAGGACAGCUGGCAACAGUCCAAGUGGGACGGCGACUCUCAGGACAACCGCAGGGGCGGUCGCGGCCAGGUCACGGACGAACGUUUCGUGUCACAGGCGCAACUUGAAGUGACCAGCUUUGUUGCCACAGACGUAUCAGGCAUGCGCCCAUCCAAUGUUAUCAAGGUGGUGGAAGGAUUUGUGGGCAGCGAAUUGGGGCGAGGAUGCCUGACAAACGGCGCUCCGGACGACAAGAAGAGGACCUGUGCCAACUUGACAUACCGCGAUGGGGACACCCAUAAGACCGACGAUGUGAAUGUUAAAUCUUGUAUUGACACAGUUUCUGCUAUCGACGAUGCUCUCCUCCUAUUAACCUUUGUCGAAGAGCUGCCCUCGUUGGCACCUUGGUCCGCACCUUACUGCUCGGAGGCCUUUCAAACCGAAUACGGCCGGCAUAUCCGAGAUGAGCGGGGUGGUUGGUCGGACUGGGAGCGACCACCACGAAAUCAGGACUCAGGCAACGACAACAGCUGGAACCAUGACAAUCGGCAUGAUGACCAGCAAGCCUGGGGACAGAACUCCUGGGACCAGGAUGCCACCGAUCCGUGGGCUAACUGGAACAGCUCCGGAGGCCGUCAGGAAGACUCGUCCGGAUGGGGAGCUUCAGGCUCAAAGGACAAAGACUGGGAUGGCGUCAACCAGUGGGCCACUCAGCUGUUGGAGCAAGGGGACGUGGACUGGACCACUAGGCCGGAAAUUGCGAUUACGAAGGACUUCUACGAGGAGAUGGGCGACGAAAAGGCGAAAUCUCGCACCAAGCAAGAGAUCGAAGAGCUGCGAGCGGAGAGCGGCAUCGCAAUCUUGGAAGGGGACAGUGAUGACUGCCCAGCCCCGGGCCCUUUCAGCAGCUUCGACGAGGUGCACUGGCCAGCUGAGCUGCAGCAGUCUUUGGUGGAGGAGUUUGAGGCGCCGACCCCCAUCCAGAAGCAGAUCUGGCCUUUGGCGUUACAGGGCCGAGAUGUGGUUGGCAUCGCAGAGACAGGAAGUGGCAAGACGGUGUCCUAUGUCCUGCCAAUGAUCAUCCACAUCAGCCGUCAGGAAGAACUGGACGCCGGCGAUGGCCCAGUGGGCCUGGUUCUCGCGCCGACGCGCGAGCUCGCCAAGCAGAUCGAGAGGGUCUGCAAGAAGUAUGGGUCGUUGAAACACCUCGCGUCUGCCACCAUCGUCGGUGGCAUGAAGACUUCUGAGCACAAGGAGCUUCUUCAGGCAAGGAACGACAUCAUAGUGGCCACUCCGGGUCGAUUCCUUCAGGCGCUUGGUGAUGAAUGGACAAAGCUGAAUCGAUGCACGUUCGUCGUUCUGGAUGAGGCGGACGAGCUCCUUGAACACAAGGGCUUCGGUGGUGACAUCAGGGCCAUUAUGACGCAAGUGCGCAAGGAGCGGCAAGUCCUUAUGUUCAGUGCCACCUGGCCAGAGGUGGUGAAGGAGCUUGCCCAAGAGAUCUGCACUGCAUCAGAUGGCCGACCACCCGUCCAUAUUCACAUCGGGGGAACGAGGUUGGCAGCAUGCAAAAGCAUCGUCCAGAGGGCUGAGAUCGUCGACGACGACGAGGCCAAGUUCACGAAGCUCAAAGAGAAGCUGCACGAGAUGCAGGUCCUCCAGGAAGGCUCAACCGACAAGUGCAUCAUCUUCUGCAGGAGCCGCAAUGGUGUCAUCAAGCUCAAGGACCAGCUCUCGAACGAAGACAUGGUCUGGAACGGGACCAGCAACUGCCUCGUACAAGAGCUACAUGGAGAGUUGCAGCAGUCCGACCGUGAUUGGGCAAUGGAACAGUUCCGCGACGGACCACUGCCGUGCGUCGUGGCAACCGGAGUUCUGGCACGCGGCCAUGACAUUCCUCAGGUAAGGUUCGUCAUCAAUUACGACAUGCCGAGAGUGGCCGAAGACUACAUCCACAGGGUUGGCCGAACCGGACGUGCCGGCCACACCGGCUACGCAUUCACUUUUGUGAACCGUUCGAAUUGGCAGGAACUGCAGUGGGCCCACGAUUACCUCCUCGGCGUACUCCAGGCCACAGAGCAGAACGUUGACGAGACCUUGCAGGAGGCCAUCGACGCCCACCUGAAAGCGCGCCAAGCCAUGCUGUUUUUCCUUUGA